CCGGAUUGUACGUCUUGCACGGAGUGCUGCGGUACUAAGCCUUCAGGCACCUGAAUCCCGCGCCGCCUUGCCAGCGCCCAAGGCCCAACACAGCGAUUUGUCCUCCGCACACACUGCGCGACAACUCGCAGAGGGCCUCUGCUGCCUGCGCCAACCCUGGUUUCUCCCUAAACCCUGCUUUGGCCCUGCGCGGCAGUUAGGUGCACCGGACCAGCCAGGACCGCGCGCAGACAAUGCCGCACCCUGUGUCGCCGCCGACGGCUGUGGCCGCAGUGCCGCCAGCGACGGCGACGGUGACGGUGCCCAUCAAGGCGCCCGACGGGACCGUCCCGCCGCCAACCCAAGCCGACGUCGACUCGCUGCUCACCACCAUCUUCACCGCCAAGACCUCGUCCGCCUCCAUCGACGCCUGCUACGAUCUGUGCGAGCUGCUCCUCGCCUCGGUCGGCUUCCGCGGCCUGCACCAGUACGGGAUCCUCGCCGAGGUCAAGAAGGCCGCUGCCGACAAGAAGAGCGGCCUGCGCCGCGAAAGCGCCCAGAACCUCCUCGGCGCCCUGUUCGAACGCUUCCCGCCCCGCCAGCCCGUCAGCGAGAUCGUCUUCCUCCUCCAGGAUGGCGGCAUGCUCGGCUGCGCCCUCGACGCCCUGGCCGACAAGGGCUCCAUCGUGCGCGACGCCGCCCAGUACGGCAUCGAUGCGCUUUUCGCCAACCUGAGCCCCGAGGCCAUGGUCGUCGGCCUCCUGCCUGCCCUGACCGAGUACAUCAAGAAGGCCGGCGGCAAGUGGCAGGGCGUGGUCGGCGCCUUCAAGCUGAUGCAGAAGAUGGCCGACAAGGCCCAGAUCACCAUCGGCGGCACGAAGGAGGAGGCCCAGGAGAAGGAGUUUCUGCGCGAGGCCAUGGGCGCCAAGCUCGCCGGCCUGAUCCCCAUCGUCGAGAACGGCAUGCUGGACAUGAAGUCCGAGGUCGAGAAGCAGGCCGUCAAGACCAUGACAUCGCUGACCUCGCUGCUCUCCAACGACGACGUGGCCCCGCGCAUUCCGCUCCUCAUCGACUCCAUGCACCAUCCCUCGCCCGAGACCCUGCAGAAGGCCAUCCACGCGCUGUCGCAGACGACCUUUGUCGCCGUCGUCACCUCACCCGUUCUGGCUCUGCUCACGCCCUUCCUCGAGCGCUCCCUCAACAACCCGACCACCCCCCAGGAGGUGCUGCGCCAGACCGUCGUCAUCACCGAGAACCUGACCAAGCUCGUGCACGACCCCAUCGAGGCGCGCACUUUCCUGCCGAAGCUCCAGCCCGGCGUUAAGAGCGUCGUCGGGCGGGCAUCGCUCCCCGAAGUCCGCGAGCUGGCCACCCGGGCACUGGCCGUGAUGGACAAGGCCAUGGGAGACGAGAAGACGGCUGUCGUGGAGCGGACCACCGCCCACGACGUUACCAAGGUGCUCGACGCCGAAUUUAAGAGCAACGACUUGAAGGCUUUUGACCAGGGAACGUACGAGCUCGUGCUCCCCUACGUCUGCGAGAUGGUUAGCGAAGAUGUCAAUCACCGACAGCUGGACCGCAUUCCUGCCAGAAUCGCCCCUUACCUCCAGUCAAUAAUAACUCCGGCGUCCGCCGAGACCGUAGCUGCUGCGGUUCACAAGCUCUACGUCGAAGAGGACCGCCGCAAGUACGGCGUCCCGGAGAAGGAGGACGACGGCGAGGUGGAAAUUGUGAACGCCGACUUCUCCCUUGGCUAUGGCGGCAGGCUGCUACUGUCUCACACCAACCUGAGGCUGCUCAAAGGUCAUCGCUAUGGCCUUUGCGGCAGGAACGGUGCCGGCAAGUCGACGCUGAUGAAGAGUAUUGCCGCUGGCAAGCUGGAGGGGUUUCCGCCCCAGGACGUGCUCAGGACCUGCUACGUGGAGCACAACCAGGGCGAGGACGCCGACAUCAGCAUCUUGGAGUAUGUCUCUAAGGACCCAACCAUUGCCAAGGAAGGCAAGGAGAGGAUCUCUGCCGUCCUGGAGGAGUUCGGCUUCACGUCCGGCCCCGAGGGCCGGCAGUCGCAGAAGGUCGGCUCCCUGUCAGGCGGCUGGAAGAUGAAGCUGGCGCUUGCCCGGGCCAUGCUGCAACGGGCCGACGUCUUGCUCCUCGACGAACCAACCAACCAUCUCGACGUCGCCAACAUCAAGUGGCUGGAGAACUACCUCAAGACGCACACGGAGAUCACCAGCUUGAUCGUGUCGCACGACUCGGGCUUCCUCGACGAGGUCACUACGGACAUCUACCACUACGAGCCGAACAAGAAGCUGAGCCACUACAAGGGCAACCUCGCCGCCUUUGUCAAGGUACGUCCGGAGGCCAAGAGCUACUACACCCUGUCGGCCUCCAACGUGCAGUUCAAGUUCCCUCCUCCGGGCAUCCUCUCGGGCGUCAAGUCACAGACCCGCGCCAUCAUCCGCAUGACCAACGUCUCGUACACGUAUCCGAACGCGCCCAAGCCGUCCCUGAUCGACGUGUCCUGCCAGCUGUCGCUGUCGUCCCGCGUGGCCAUCAUCGGCCCGAACGGCGCCGGCAAGUCGACGCUGAUCAAGCUCCUGACGGGCGAGGUGAUCCCGACGUCGGGCAAGGUCGAGAAGCAUCCCAACCUGCGGAUCGGCUACAUCAAGCAGCACGCGCUCGAGCACGUCGAGAUGCAUCUCGAGAAGACGCCGAACCAGUACCUGCAGUGGCGGUACGCCCACGGCGACGACCGCGAGGUGCACAUGAAGCAGACCCGCAUCCUGUCCGACAAGGACCGGGAGCAGAUGGACAAGUUCAUCGACGUCGGCGACGGCAAGGGCAAGCGCCAGAUCGAGGCGUUGGUGGGCCGGCAGAAGUACAAGAAGACCUUCCAAUACGAGGUCAAAUGGCGUGGCUUCCUGCCCAAGCACAACACCCAAAUAUCGCGGGAGACGCUGCUCGACCUCGGCUUCGCCAAGCUCGUGCAGGAGUUCGACGACCACGAGGCGUCGCGCGAAGGGCUCGGCUACCGCGAGCUGCAGCCGUCGGUCAUCGCGAAGCACUUCGAGGACCUGGGGCUCGACCCGGAGAUCGCCAACCACAGCGAGAUCGGCUCGCUCUCGGGCGGCCAGAAGGUGAAGGUGGUGAUCGCCGGCGCCAUGUGGAACAACCCGCACCUGCUGGUGCUCGACGAGCCGACCAACUUCCUCGACCGCGACUCGCUCGGCGGCCUGGCCGUCGCCAUCCGCGACUUCAAGGGCGGCGUCGUCAUGAUCUCCCACAACGAGGAGUUCGUCGGCGCCCUCGCCACCGAGCAGUGGCACGUGCUCGACGGCCGCGUCACCCACCGCGGCCACGCCGCCCUCGCCCUCGACCGCUUCGAGGACAGCGGCCUCAGCACCCCCGUGCCGAGCUCCAGCGCCGUCAGCAGCGCCGUCAACUCGGGCGCCGAGGAUAACGGUUCCGCCGCCGCCAGCACUGCCGCCGCCGCCCCCGGCGUCACGGGCGAGAGCAUGGCCUUCCGCGCCAAGAAGAAGAAGAAGAUGACCAAGAAGGAGCUCAAGGAGCGCGAGGUCCGCCGCCGCCUGCGCCACAUCGACUGGCUGAAUAGCCCCAAGGGCACGCCGAGGCCGCCGGAUACUGACGAUGAGGCGGAGUGAGUUGUGGCAUAUGUUCUGGUGGCCCUUUUUUUUUUUUUUUUUUUUUUUUUUUUAUCCUCCCUCUCUUGUCUUUUUAUGCUUGAUGAGCGGGCCAUGAAGGGUAGUAGAGCGUGUUGGGCGGCUUUUCGCUUUACACUUACUGUUGCGCGCGUGAUGACUCUGCUAGACUUGCUGAGCGGAUCUGGGUUGGAAAAAGCGCGCACACUAAUGGGAUAGAGAGAUAGAUAGAGAGGGCUUACGGGCAAGUAUAGAGGUGUUUUUGGCGGGCGGGCUCCAUGUGUAGAGCUGGUUCGUUCAUGCUGUUGUUGCGUAUCGCAGAGCGGGCCGUUAACGGUAAUGGAUAUCACGGCUUAGAUAGAAUUAACAGUGACAGAUCUGAGCGAGCUUUUUUAUCCACUACCUACUUGCGUAAGUAGCUUGUGGUC